AGAAGGAGAAGCAGCAGGAGAAGGAAGGGGGGAGCAGGGCAGAGGGCCAGCGCAAGGCAGGCAUGGCUCCUGGGACGGUGCGGACGGAGGCCAGCAGUGGAGCCCCCCCGGGCCCUUCCUCCUCCUCCUCUCCCCCGCUGCCCUCCUCCUCUUCCUCGGGGCCGGACUCAGGGCUGCUGGACCGAGGCUACGCGGGCUCCCGCUCAGCCCUGCUCAAGGGGGGCCCAGAUGCCCUUUCUUUGCCAAUUGACUUUCAGUUAUUGCUGCUGAUAGGAUUCAUCUGCAUCAGAGCCUCCUGGUGGACAGAUCACAGUACUUACAGCUUUUUUGAAAUUGUCUCCAUCUGUGACUUGGUUAUGAUUCUCAUCUUCUACAUUGUCUACAUCUUCAGAAUCUACCGAACACUGACCUGCAUCAACUGGCCACUGGCAGAAUUUCUCCAUUACCUAAUAGGUACCAUCUUGCUUCUCAUUGCAUCUAUUGUGGCAGCAGCAAAAAGUUCCAAUUCAGCAGGACUUGCAGCUGGAGCGGCUUUUGGCUUCUUAGCAUCAUUCCUAUGCAUCUUGAGCAUAUGGCUGUCCUACAAAGUCUCUUGUGUCACUCAGUCAACAGAUGCUGCUGUGUGAGUCUUUUGCUGGGCAUGGCAUGUGCACCAAAUCAUGGAGGUUCCAUAUUAAGAGAUAGCAGGGAUAUGCAUGAUUGAACAUUGUAUUGGUGAUCUGCUUCUUCUUGGCUCUCCAAGCCUUUUCUUAAGUUGACUGACUACCAGAGUGCUUUCUUCUGGGACUUUUUCCAUCCUCCUUUACCAGAUUGGGAGCCACAACCAUAAUCUCUACACUGCUUAAUGCCUGGUGCUUGCAGUCUGUCAGCCAACAUUUUUGGAUUCCACAAAUUCUGAAAUGUCAUACUUAAGUAUCCUUGUGUAUUUUUUUAUUUUCCUUCAACAAGAAGAGAAACCACCAUCGUUGGAAUAUAAAUGCCAGGAUUUUAUUCCUGCUCUGAGCUAACUCUGCUUUCUUUAAAACCACCUGGGAAGAAAAUGUGAAUUAGCAGCUGCCUAAAACAUUGAAGGUUGUAAAUGUACUCUGCUUCUUUUCAUCUAUGGCAAGGAAUUACUAAAAAAAAUAAUAAUCCACAAUGAAGCACAAACCAUGACAUCCUUAGUAGAAAUGGACAAGUCGGCUUCUUAUGACUGCCUCUCCUGGCUUUGGCACCUACUGCCAGAAAGAGUGUUUUAUAAAUUGCAUUUUUAACUUGCUUAAUGUGAAUAUUUCCUCAGAAAUGAACCUAUGUUCCCUUUGUAUUUUGAGGGCCUUUUUAAUUCAUUGUCAGUAUUUUAUUCAUGACAAAAUUUUAAAUGCAGUUAUCACACCUCAUUCUGCCAUUUACAUCAUUUUCUGAUGGAUUUGAUGUGUAUUUCAGGGAUCAUCAGCAUUGAGACUUGCAUCUUUGAGACAAGUGGCUCAUUUGGUGUAAAAGACUCUAGAAAUAUUGAAUUCAAUAAUCUUCUAUUUUUAAAAAUGAGCAGUUAAUGAUUGUGGCCUGUUCCUGUGACAGCUGUUAUAAAAGAAGCUUGAGAAGGCUAGGAAUUGGAGGUACUGCAUUGCAGUGUUUCAGUUCCUUCCUCUUGGGCAGAUUCCAGAGGGUGAUGCUUGGGUACAGUUGCUCUACAAGAAAAGAGUGUAAUUGUGGUGUCCCACAAGGCACUAUCCUAUCCCUGAUACUAUUCAAUAUAUAUAUGAAGCCAAUGGGAGAAAUCAUCCAAAGGCAUGGGGCGGGGUGUUAUCAGUAUGCUGAUGGCAUCCAGAUAUAUUUCUCCAUGCCUCAGUCAUCAACUUUGAGAUGGUGUCUCUUCUCUCAAUGAUUGUCUUAAAGCAGUAAUAGACUGGAUGAGGAAAAACAGAUUAAAACUGAAUCCAGACAAAAUGAACCCAGGUAUCGGGAUACAACUUCCAGUCCUGGAUGGGGUCACACUCUCCUCUAAGUUCUGUAUUUUCAGUCUGGGGGUGCUCCUAGAUCUGUCACUCCAAAUGGUAAAUGCGAUGGUCAGGAGUGCCUGUUAUCAGCUCCGGCUGAUACACUAGCUGUGCCCCUUCCUGGAAGUCAGGGGCCUUGAAAGUGUAGUGCAUGCAUUGGUAACCUCGCAUCUUGAUUUCUGUAAUGCACUCUACAUGGGGCUACCCUCGUGCUUGAUCAGGAAACUGCAAUGAGUACAGAAAUGGCAUCCAGAUUGGUCUCUGGGACAACUAGAUGAGACCAUAUAACACUGAUCCUAAGAUCACUCCACUGGCUGACUAUUAGUUUCCAGGCGCAGUACAAGGUGUUGCUUAUCACCUUUAAAGCCCUAAACGGCUUGGGUCCAACCUAUCCUCAGGACUGUCUCUUUCCGUUAUAAUCCACCCUGCAUACUCAGGUCCUCUGGGAAGAAUGCUGCAACCUAUAAAAACUAGAUUGGCUUCAACCUCCCAGAGGACCUUUUCAGCAACUGCUCCCAGAUUAUGGAAUGGCCUGCCGGAUGAGAUCCGUCAUAUAACCACCUUAAACAACUUUUAAAAAGCUGUUAAGAUGGAUCUCUUCUGGCAGAUCUUUCCUGAACAGAUAUCCGGCUACCAAAAAGAAUAUCUAAUUAUUGGACCUGAUCUUUUGCUGUAUGUACUAUUAUUUUAUUCUGUAUUAUUUUAAGUUAUGUUUUAUACUGCAGAUUGUUUAAUGGGAUUUUAAGGGGGGUAGGAUUGGGGGAUAUGGAUUGUGUAUUUUAAUGCUGUAAGCUGCCCUGAUAGCUAUGCACUGAGGGGUGGGAUAAAAUAUUAUUAUUAUUAUUAUUAUUAUUA